AACUUUCCCUGUCCAACAUGUGGUAAAAUAUUCUACAGUCGAGCGGGCGUCGCACGACACAAAAGUAUAGCUCACGGACCUAACCGCGGGCGUCCACGUGGUCGUUGGGCCAAUCCUUAUCUAGCCAGCAUGCGCAGGCGGACUCGACUCAAGGAGGUCAUUAUUUCUUAA